AUGUGCGGCUCAGCAGUCAUCGUAUCUCUGCGCCGUCAGCAUGCGGAAACCAAUGGGGUCGCGGCAGCCAAGGCGGCCGACAAGGAAAACAGGCUUUCGAAGAGCCUUGAUCUUAUGGCGCACCGCGGCCCCGAUGGUCGGGGCAUCUGGAUUGACCCGACGGCAGCAGUUGGUCUCUCACAUGCCCGUCUUGCCAUCAUUGGCCUCUCGGCCGACGGCAACCAGCCCCUGCAUGACGACCAAGAACACAUCCACGCUGUGAUCAAUGGCGAGAUCUACGACCAUGAUCGCCUUCGCCAGGAGUGUGUCGACGCCGGCUACAAGUUUAAGGGCCACAGCGACUCUGAAGUUGCCGUCGCCUUGUACCAGAGAUACGGCGCCCCGGAGUUCCUGGAGCACUGCCGGGGUGAGUUUUCCAUGGUAGUCUACGAUGACCGCUCCGGGGAGGUCUUUGCGUGCCGCGACCGCUGUGGCGUCAAGCCCCUGUUUUACACCAUUGUCCAAGACGAGUUGUGGUUCUCAUCCGAGGUUAAGGGGUUUUUGGGUUUGGGCUGGAAGCCCGAAUGGGAUGUCGAGUCCAUUGCAAUGGGCACAACCAUGAUUGGACGCAGCACCAUGUUCAAGGGCGUCAAGAGGAUCGAACCCGGAUUUUUCAUGAAGGUCACUCGUGAUGGAGAAAUUACCCAUGCCAAAUACUGGGAUCUAGACUUUCCCGACAAGACCGAGAUUGACAACCGUUCUAUGGAAGAGAUGGUCGAAGAGCUGCGUGCAGAACUAGUCAAUGCGGUACGUCUCCGCCUUCGAGCCGAUGUACCAGUGGGCAUCUAUUUGUCAGGUGGCCUUGAUUCGUCGUUGGUUGCAGGCAUUGCAAAGAUGCUCCUCGAAAAGGAGGGUGUCACUGCUGGUAGUCAAAAACUGUCAGAUCGAAUCACCACAUUCACCAUAGCGGUGAAUAGCGACGAAAGCAACUCGGUGUACAAUGAAGCUUCAAUUGCGAGCAGGACGGCCAAAUGGCUCGGCGUGAAGCAGAAGACGUUGAACGCGGACGAGGAACUUCUGGCCUCAAAUUUUGAGGACUCAUGUUGGUUCGUCGAACAACCAGUCUUCAAUCUCUCAAUUUGUUCCAAGGUCGUGUUGUCCAAACUUGCUCGCGAUAGCGGCAUCACUGUCAUCCUCACAGGUGAAGGCGCGGAUGAGACAUUUGCUGGAUAUCCGUGGAUGCUUCCCGACCUGGUCACUGAGCCUGACUACUCGCGGCCGGACGCAGCCAUGAACAAAGAUAUCGACAAGCUGCGUUAUCCUGUCCGUGAACAAAUGCUUGAUUUGUGGACCAAGCUAAGCAAUCCCGAACUGCUCCAGCAGUUUAAGGGUAUCAAGACCGAGACGUGGGAGCAGAUGAAUCAUGUGGGCACGCCACUUUUCAUGGAGAACAACAGCGGGCUCCACUUGGUCGACCACAAACUCCGCGCCAAGUACAAUGUCGACCAGCGAAUACACAGAGUUUUGGAUAAUUUCAAUCAGGGGGCCCUGGAAAGUGUCCGGGGCAAGUGGCAUUCUCUCAAUUCAUCAGUCUACUUUAACCACAAGACUCUACUCACAAACUACGUCAUCCCCUUAAACGGCGACCGAACGGAAAUGGCCAACAGUAUCGAGGGUCGACCACCUAUUUUAGACCACAAGGUACUCGAAAUCGCAGCCACGAUUCCGCCCAGCGUCAAUAUUGGCUACUUCCCAGAGGGUUCCAGAUUGAACAGCGGUGCUACCUUGUUCAGAACCAAUAAGGACGACGAGCUCAUAACCAGGUUCCGAGAGAAGUUUAUUCUGCGAGAAGCAGCAAAGCCCUUUGUCACAGGCGAGAUUUACAGUAGGCCCAAGCACUCUUUUAUGGCGUCAACCAAGUACCGCACUGGAGGCCCCAUACACAAGAUCAUCACAAAGCUUCUCACAAAAGAAAACGUCGAAGCACUCGGCUUCCUCGAUUGGCCCAAAAUACAGGGCCAUUUGGCUAAGGCAUUUGACGAGUCGGGCAGUCAGGAUUUCACCCCUUGUUUGUUGGCAGCAUCUUUUGUUGUAAUCGGCCAGAGAUUUGGUGUAGCAAAGGCCUGGCUGAAGUGAUUAAAGUAUUGAAGGAACCCGACCACUUUGGAAGUGUGAUUUCGAGCAUACUGAUUAUUGCUUUGUCGAUUUACAGAAAAUUCUGCAUUGAGCCAAAUUUCUGUAACAAUUGCGCGUUACUCGGAAAGACUUAUCACUGUAUUGGCUUAAUGAAGGCAUGCGAAGAUUUGAUUGUGGUCCGUCUGUGUAGCCUGAGAAUCCAUAGUAUUAGGAAUCAAUAUACUGUUUAAC